UACUGCUUUUUUUCACUGUUCUACUGGGCAGUCAUCAGCGGGAAGAUAUUUUUCUUCAAUUGACACUAGCAUUGCAGUUGGCUGAUCCUUGGGUCCACUGACCAUUUCAGGAGUCGGCUGUCUGAGAUUCCAACAAUGUCUCAUCCAUCUUGGCUGCCACCUAAAAGUACUAGUGAGCCCCUUGGCCAUGUUCCUGCAAGGAUGGAGACCACCCAUUCCUUUGGGACCCCCAGCAUUUCAGUGUCUACACAACAACCACCCAAGAAGUUUGCACCAGUAGUUGCUCCAAAACCUAAGUACAACCCAUACAAGCAACCUGGAAGUGAGGGUGAUUUUCUUCCACCGCCACCUCCACCUCUAGAUGAUCCCGGUGUCCUCCCAUCUGGCUCUGGAAACUUUCCUCCUCCACCACCCCUUGAUGAAGGUGCUUUCAAAGCACAGGGGAAUCCUGGAGGCAAGACCCUUGAGGAGAGACGCUCCAGCCUGGAUGCUGAGAUCGACUCCUUGACCAGUAUCUUGGCCGACCUCGAGUGCAGCUCUCCCUACAAGCCACGGCCACCACAGAGUUCUACUAGUUCAACAGCCUCACCUGCAGUCUCCACCCCUGUCACAGGACACAAGAGAAUGGUCAUCCCAAACCAGCCGCCUCUUACGGCAACCAAAAAGUCUACAAUGAAACCACAGCCUGCACCCCAGGUUGGACCCAUCCCUGUGGCUCCAAUUGGAACACUCAAGCCCCAGCCUCAGCCAGUCCCAGCCUCCUACACCACGGCAUCCACCUCUUCAAGGCCCACCUUCAAUGUGCAAGUGAAGUCAGCCCAGCCCAGUCCUCAUUACAUGACUGCACCUUCAGCAGGACAAAUUUAUGGUCCAGGACCCCAAGGAUAUAACACUCAGCCAGUCCCUGUCUCUGGGCAGUGUCCACCUCCUUCAACCCGGGCAGGCACAGAGUACACAUAUAUUCCACCACCAGGACUUCAGCCUGAGCCUGGGUAUGGGUAUGCUCCCAACCAAGGACGCUAUUAUGAACCCUAUUAUGCAGCAGGGCCUGGCUAUGGGGGCAGAAAUGACUCUGAUCCUGCCUAUGGUCAACAAGGACACCCAAAUACCUGGAAGCGGGAACCGGGGUACACUGCUCCUGGAGCAGGGAACCAGAACCCUGCUGGGAUGUAUCCAGUCACUGGCCCCAAGAAGACCUAUAUCACAGAUCCUGUUUCAGCUCCCUGUGCACCACCCCCACAGCCAAAGGGUGGACAUACAGUGUCGAUGGGGCCUUCAUCUGUUCCCCCUUCAUUCCGUCCAGAAGAUGAGCUUGAGCACCUGACCAAAAAGAUGCUGUACGACAUGGAAAAUCCACCAGCUGAUGAAUACUUUGGCCGCUGUGCUCGCUGUGGGGAAAACGUAGUUGGAGAAGGUACAGGAUGCACUGCCAUGGAUCAGGUGUUCCACGUGGAUUGUUUUACCUGCAUCAUCUGCAACAAGAAGCUACGAGGGCAGCCCUUCUAUGCCGUGGAAAAGAAAGCAUACUGCGAGCCCUGCUACAUUAAUACUCUGGAGCAGUGCACUGUGUGUUCCAAGCCCAUCAUGGAGAGGAUUCUCCGAGCCACUGGGAAAGCCUAUCAUCCGCACUGCUUCACCUGUGUGAUGUGCCACCGCAGCCUGGACGGGGUCCCCUUCACCGUGGAUGCUGGCGGGCUCAUUCACUGCAUUGAGGACUUCCACAAGAAAUUUGCCCCCCGAUGUUCUGUGUGCAAGGAGCCUAUCAUGCCGGCCCCAGUUGCACCACAUGUGCCUUUCCUCCUCCUGGAUGAAAUGGACUGUGGUGGUCUCCUGUCUGAAGGAGAUAACCAAGGCUGCUACCCCUUGGAUGGACACAUCCUCUGCAAGACCUGCAACUCUGCCCGCAUCAGGGUGUUGACCGCCAAGGCGAGCACUGAUCUUUAGAUUCAGUCGCCCAUUAGUUGGUUAGCAGAUGGCGCUGAGAAGAGCAAAACGCAGGAAAAGAAUAAGAAAAGCAAUAGAAAAAUAGAGGAAAGGCAAGCGAGCUAUGGGAUGGUCUCUGUUCUUCAUAUGCUAUUAACUUUUCUUUAGAAACACAUAGAUUAUGAGAUUUUUUUUUUCUAAGUUCUUACCAAAUACACAUUUCACAUCUAAUCAUGUAGGCCUUUGAUGGGCCUUUGUUCCCAAGGACUUCCACAUUUUUGCACGGAUUAUGCUCCAUCCCAUUCACUUCUGCAUUCCUGUAACUUUUAAUCCCUAUGUUUGUCUC